CCUCCCUCCUGAGUUCAUUACUAAAGUUUUUUAGCCAUCAGCAGAGGAAAAAGGACGAGUGUGACAGAGUCAGAGAGACAGUCGAGCCUCCAAGUAACGUCUUAAAUUGUGAGAAACUGAAAAGAGAAAAUAAGAAAAAAAGACAAAAAAAGGAGGGAAAAAAUUCUAAUUGUAGACAGUAUAUGAGUGUAAAGAGCCCUGAAGCAGAGCAGCAGUGAAGUCGAUGUCCAUCCAGACCAUGUCCAUUCCUGUGGACUUCCUAUCUGAGGAGCAGUUCUCCUGCUCAAUUUGCCUGGACGUCUUCACCAACCCCGUAUCCACACCAUGUGGCCACAGCUUCUGCCUGUCCUGCAUCACGUCGUACUGGGACAACCAGGGCCAGGCCUGCAUCUGUCCGCUGUGCAAGGAGAGCUUCCGCAAACGCCCAGAGCUCCACAUCAAUCACACCCUCAAGGAGAUCACAGAGCAGUUCAAGCGCAUGGCUGAUACCUCUGGAAGUCCUGAGAUCUCCACCAGUACCCAAGCUGCAAGCUCUCAUUCUCCUCGCAUCUCGGACCGAAAGAUCAGCGGGUCACAUCGACCUGGAGAGCUGCCCGGAGGACUGUUGAAGGAAAUGAAGAGCAGGUUUCGUAGGACAUCGUCCAGCGGGAAUUUGUUGGAAGAGUCGUCACCAUCUUCACCACCACCUCCAUAUGAAGCCAGCAGGAGGAGGUUCAGCGCCAGCGGGUUCGGUUCAGCGAGCGCAAGCAGACCACAGUGCAGCAAGCAUGGACUUUGCCUGGAUAUGUUCUGCAGGACCGACCAGACGUGUGUUUGUGCAAUGUGUGCCGAGGGCGACCAUCAUGGCCACUCGGUGGUGCCGGCCCGGCGGGAGAUGACUGUGAAGAAGUCUCAGUUGGGGAUCAUGGAGGCGGAGUUGCAGAGUUUAAUCAUGGCCAGAGAGAAGAAGAUUGAGGACAUUCAAAUGUCGCUUGUUAACAUUCAAGAAAACGCACAGCAGGAGGCGGAGAUCACGGUGAGCAUGUUCCGUGCCUUGAUCGGUUCCUUGGAGAGAUCUCAGGCCGAGGUGUUGGAGGUAGUGGAGAUGGGCCGUGCUGCUGCAGAACUUCGCUCACAGGCCCUCAUCCGGGACCUUCAGCUGGAGAUCACCGAACUGAGGAAGAGGAUCAGCAUGCUGUCUCAGCUCUGUCAGUCCAACGACUACUUCAGCUUCUUCAAGACGUAUCCGUCCCUCUCUGCGGGUCCUCCGAUGAAGAGCUGGACAGAAGUGACUUUGGGCGCCGACCCCACGGCCGGAGUGGUUCUGAAAAACGUCACUGAAAUGAUGGAGAAAGUCCAGGACGAGCUGAGGAAGCUGCCGCAGAGCUGUUUACAUUCAGCGAUGGAAUCACCUGUAAAACAACAACCACGACUUUGUAAAAUACAGGACUAUGCAUUGGACGUUACUCUGGACCGAGACUCUGCUCACCCUAGACUGAUGAUCUCUGAGGACUGUAAGCAGGUGUACUGCACUGACCACUAUCAGGCCGUGAUGGACGUGCCUGAACGCUUCGACCGCGUGGUCUGUGUGCUCGGCUGCCAAGGCUUCAGCUCAGGCCGCCAUUACUGGGAGGUCCACGUGGGUGAGAAGACAGACUGGGACCUGGGUGUGGUCAAUCGCUCGAUCAAACGCAAGGGGAAGAUCUCGAUCAGUCCGACUAAUGGCUACUGGCUCCUGAGUCUGCGAGACCAGCAUGAAUACGCCUUCCGUGCCAAUCCGUCGAUGCCCAUUUACCUGAACCCCAAACCUCAGAAGGUUGGGAUUUUCGUUGACUAUGAAAAAGGACAAGUGUCUUUUUAUAAUGCUGACACCAUGGCACUUAUUUUCACAAAUGUCUAUUUCUUUACUGAAACCUUAUAUCCGUGCUUCAGUCCCUGCACCAACAAAUCCGGGAAAAACGAGGCUCCUCUUGUCAUUUGUCCCAUCAUUCUGUCUGAGUGAAAAUCGCUGCUCAACACAUUUUAAUCUUUUACAAAAUGCAAGCGUACUCGUCUAUAACGAUAGUGAUAGCGAAAUGAGCUGCGAGUUGAUUUUAAAUGAAGCGUAUAGACUGUUGCAGGGAUGAGGAAUUUUUGUAGGCCAACCCAGAAGUUAGCAUCACCCUGGUUCCCUCGACAAAAAGCUAAUAGGAUUUCUCCAUUGGCUUUUGGAUAAUUACGGAAAAUAGUAUAAACGAGUAUAAAAACAGCAAAGCUGUAGUAGAGGCGUGAUGAUGUUUAAUUUCCCCGACAGCCUCUGAAGUGCCAUUUAGCCACAUAUUAGCAACCGUCCUUUUCAAUACACACAGCUUAAAAGAAAUCACGAGUGGGGUAUUACUGAUGUAAUUUAUGUCAUAGAAUAAAAUACGUGAAAAAAUCUUGAGCUUGUGUUCACUAUAGACAUUAUUUCAGGUAUUUAUCCAAAAUAAUCCUAAAAUGCUAACUCAUUCCCGAGUGUUAGGACUCAUUCCUGCAGCACUCUAUUAGCUAGCUAGCUAUAUUAGUUAGCUUGAAUGGAGUGAGGCUGCAGUGGAGAAGAGUGGGAUUUGUUUCAGUUCAGAAAGUGUUUCUGUACAACUGUGUGUAAAGUGCGUUUUUAUUCUUUACGCUGCAUCAGAAUCCUUCGUUUUUAAUAAAGGAUAGUGGCGGAUCGUCAAGAACAACCUAACGAAGAGCAGUUAUUUUCAACCACCGUGUGUUGUGUGUAGAUAUUUUUUCUCAUCUAGCCGAUGUGUGCUGCUAGCGAUGAACUCCUCAUGCUGACUUUAAUGUUUAAGAUGUUGGCAUGAAUUUGCAUGCAGAGGAAAGGAAGUGGGCGUGUCUCUGUGCUCAGUGCUCGCAGGACUGAAGUGCUCUCCGGUGUGUGACUGUUUCUGAGCUCCAUGCUCACAGCUACCUUUGUGUGUGCGUAAUUCACGUCACCUUGCACUCAUUUUUAAUACAUGCUGAUACUGCUCUGGGUGCUCAGGUCUCACCAAUUUGAGUAAUUUUCUGCAAAAAAAUCACCAAAAACGCCACAAGUUGCAUCUCAGAUUUUGAAAAAAGCCGCAGCAAAAUCAAACGUUUUUGGCCUCAACGCAGACAAAAAACACGUGAAAUCCUGCACAGACUGAAUAUCUACCUUUAAUCUCACUUUUGCUCCUCUGAAUUAUUUGUGAAAUACAAAAUUGAUUCCUGGUCACAAUCCUGACUGUACUGAGUGAAUAAUGUGAAUAAAAAUGUUUCUUUUUUUGUC